AUGGGUUUCGUUAAAGUUCUCAAGACUAAGGCUUACUUCAAGAGAUUCUAAACCAAGUACAGAAGAAGAAGAGAGGGUCUCACUGAUUACUACGCCAGAAAGAGAUUGAUCAUCCAAGAUAAGGAUAAAUACAACACCCCCAAGUACAGAUUAGUUGCUAGAGCCACCAACACCAGAAUCAUCGCCUAGAUCGUCUACGCUACCCUCAAGUGCGACAGAGUCCUCUGUGCUGCUGACUCCUACGAACUCAAGAGAUUCGGAGUCUCCACUGGUUUGGCUUCCUACGCUGCUGCCUACGCCACUGGUCUCUUAUUAGCCAGAAGAUUGCUCAAGCAAAUCGGUUUAGACACCGUUUAUGCUGGUCAAACUAAGGUUGAUGGUGCCUACUUCAAUGUCGAUGAAGACCAAAAGGAAAAGAAGCCCUUCAAGGCUAUUUUGGAUGCUGGUUUGGUCAGAACCACCACCGGUAACAGAGUCUUCGGUGUCUUAAAGGGUGCUUGCGAUGGUGGUAUUAACAUCCCCCACUCUGAAAGCAGAUUCCCCGGUUACGUCAGAGCUUCUGAUGAAGGUGAAUCCUCCAAGUACAAGCCUGAAGACCACAAGGCUAGAAUCUUCGGUAAACACAUCGAUGCUUACAUGAAACACUUAAAGGGACAAUCCAACGAAGCUUUCUAAAAGCAAUUCUCCAAGUGGAGCAAGACCCUCGAAGCUGCUAAGGUUGACUCCGUUGAAAAGCUCUUCACCAAGGUCCACGCUGAAAUCAGAAAGAACCCCGAAAGAGUUAAAUCUACCAAGAAGAACGAUAAGCCCAAGAGAGACCACAAGAAGUUCUACCCUACCAAGCUUACCGCUGCCCAAAGAAAAGACAGAGUUAAAACUAAGUUCCAACUUGCUCUCUCUUAAUGA